AUGGCCAUGGAAAGACGGAAUGAUCAAAUGGAUCAGACGGAAGUGUAUAGAAAAAAUUUAGUGAGUUAAAGUUCAAAAUGUCAAUCCCAAUGUAUCCUAAAAAUGUUUGCAGUUCCUGAUGAGAGUCAAAACGGUUUUGGAGGAGUUGGCACCUGAGCAAAGAGUCACUUUUCACCAGUUUGACUCUUUGUUUCAUUCAAAAGUGAAAAAGCGAUUUGAGGUUUCAUUGCGCUAUGUUUUUUGCUCAACAAGCGUAUUGUUUAGGACUUUUUCGAUGAAUGCCGGCAAUUUUCGAGCGGUGACAUGACGAUCGAAUCGAUUGUGGCGGAAAUUCGAUUUUUCAAGCAUUCGUGUAAAAUAGAAUACGGUAGGAGCAUUUUGGCUCCCCUCGUUUUCGCAACUCUUACGCUUCGCAUGGCUCUGGCAUCCCAGUUUGGCCCGGAAAGUCCUGACGGCUCAGCCGUGAUGCUAUUGCUCUGCAUGGCCCUGUCAGCCCGGUUUGAACAGUUGCGAAAACGAGGGAAGUCAUUUUUUUCGAUCACUCUGCGAUUACUCUAGUAUUGCCGAAGCUCGUCGCCUUGUCCACACUCUCCACAUUUUCUCUUGACAUUUUCAGACGAAGUCGGUCAACCAGUGUUCAUCAUCAAAACAGUUUUGCCGAAAAAUGUGGCACACAAAUCGAAUUACGCGGAAAUUGCGGCAGAAAUUGAGAAGAGAGCGCCGAAUGGAAAUGAGCAGAGAAUUGCAAUGAAUUUCGAGAAUUCGAUCGAUUUGGGAAGCGGAAGCGGAAGCAGAAGCUCUGGAUCCGGGGGCGGAGCCUCGGAGAGUGGAACAGAAGCGAGGUAUGCUUUUUGAAGGACUUUUGACCUAUUUGCAACGAUCCGAUCGGACCCAAACUUUGCACAAAAGCUGUCAGGUGUUUAGGGACCGCGACCGACAGAGUUGGAUUGAAGGUUCAGACCGAUCCGGAUCAUCUGGUCCCGAGAUAUGUAGAUCAGAGGCCGAAAAGGCCGCAAUUCUCGCAAAACCCCGCACAUCUCGGUACCGGAUAAUCCGAUCGGUUUGAAACUAGAACACAAUGUACUUCAAUCCAAGUCCAAGAAGCCUGCAAAGUUUGAUCUCCAUCAGAUCAUUGCAAGUGGGUAAACAGUCUAGGCCUCAAAAAGCCUGGCCUUUUUUCCAAAAUUUCGUUUCAGAGCCGAACAAAAAGAGCAAAGUGCGCAGAGAGCUGAAAAUGAUGUGUCGGCGACGCCGCCGCGGAAUGUUGUAGGCUUUUUUUUUAAUGAUUCCUAGAUAUGUUUAUAUUCAGGGACAAUGGCAAGAAUGCGAGAAAAUGUUUGCGGAGCCGUAUUGGCCAGGAGCCGACGACAAUUUUCGCUGCGAAAAUCGCGAAAAAUAUCGUAAUUUUGUGGAGUUCGCCGCCGCUGCACCGCCCGGAGACAAGGGAUACUGUAGAGAAGUGCAGAGGUACGGUUUUUGAUUUCCUCAAAAAUUUCCUUGCGACCAACUUGAAAUCAUUUUGCAGAAGAGCGAAAGAUUUGGCGGUGCAGUGGUUUAGCCCGUACCUCAAAUGGUUCGCCCACACACUUUACGUGCUCCGCGAGCUCGCCAAACGCAGUCCCGACGGAUUUUCGAUUGACGAUAUUGAGCGGCUUGUGGAUGUAGGUUUUUCCAGACUUUUAAAAACAGUAUUCUCGCUCAGACGUUGAUCAUUCAACGUGUUUUUAACGAAAACUCUCUUGCAGCAAGUGUUCCCUGUGCAUUGGGUCGACGCGCACGCAUUGGAAUUCGGCACGCUCGAAACGUUUUUGACGGACGCGGAGACGUUGAUCGAGAGACAAAUGCUCGUGAAAUGCAAACGAUCGAAUGUGGUAGGUGGAGGCUGAAUACACAAAACCCUCGAAUUGUCUAAAAUAUUUCUGUGCCUGUCUGAAUUGCGGAACACCGCGCAGUUAAAGGCGUGGCCUAGGAACGUCGGGUGUGAAAGCUCUUCCCUGCUGAUAAUAUGACACCCUGGCACAUUUUGAAAAUCUAUUAAUUUCUAUGGAAAGAUCCCGUGGCCUAGGAUUUCUCUAGGCCACGGCCAUAACUUUAACUGCGCGAGUUGGUACUCCGGAAAGUGAAUGUGGCAAUAAGAGGCGAUUUUUGGGUGGAAAAUGCACCUAAAAUGUUUGAAUUGUUUGCAGUACAAAGUGAACAAAGUCAUCGAACUCGUCGGAUUUCAUUUGUUUCGCGAAAAAGAGCUCUCGUACAUUUAUCAAUACACCAGUCAUACGGGAGUGGGCGGAGCCGCAACGGAAAGUGUACACGAUGUGGGUUUCUCUUUUUUUUUUUUGGAAUUUUCUCCGCAAAAGCCUCGGUCGACAGUGUUUUGGGGAAUGCAGGAAAGAGUCAUUGGGGUAGGCCUGGGUAACGGAGAGAGGUUUGAGAAACACAUUUAAAGGACCAGGGAACCCAAAAAUUUUUUGAUUUUUUUGUGAAAUGUUUUUGUGACUGUUUGAAUUGUCUCUUAUUGCCUCAUACACUGGCGAAAUUCUGCCUCUCAAAAAUGCCAAUGGACGAAACGGCGUGCAGUUGAAGUUGUGGCCGUGGCCUAGCGCCAAUGGCCGAAAAAUAUAUAAAAAUAUAUGCGCUUCUCGGCCAUUUUAUUUUUUCCGUUUUUUUACCGGUUUUUUUUCCAAAAAUUCACGGUUUCUCCCAUUUUUCAGUUGAUUGACAUUUGUUCGGCACUUACUUAUUUUUUCACUGCUAAAAAUUGUUUUCAUUCAGUCGAUAUGAAGUGCCAAAAUGGGAGAAACCGUUAAUUUUUGGAAAAAAAACCGGUAAAAAAGCGGAAAAAAUAAAAUGGCCGAGAAGCGCAUAUUUCUAGGCCAUUGGCGCUAGGCCACGGCCACAACUUCAACUGCAUGCCGUUUCGUUCAUUGGCAUUUUUGAGAGGCAGCAUUUCACCAGUGUAUGAGGCAAUAAGAGACAAUUCAAACAGUCACAAAAACAUUUCACAAAAAAAUCAAAAAAAUUUUGGGUUCCCUGGUCCUUUAAUAUGGCAUUUGUGCGAAAUUGUAUGUUGUGAGGAUAAGAAGUAACCGUCUAUGGAGGUCGCUAACAAGGGAACCUUUUAAGUGGGUGUUAUCUCCAGCACAAACGAACGACACAGUUCGAAAAAGGGACUUUCAAAACCUAUAUUCCAGUUUUCAAAAGCUGCUUACGAGACCUCUGAGAUGCUGAAAUUCCAGUCCGAAGUUUGA